UGUGGACCUCGCAGCGCGGCGCCCAGAGCGCGGCCGCCCGCCUAGCGACAGCCGGAGCCUGGUCCCAGUCGGAGCCUAGCCCCAGCCAAGCCGAGCCGGGCCCAGAGCGCCCGGGGCCCGCAGCCAUGCCGGCCGGCCGCGCAGCGCGCACCUGUGCGCUGCUCGCCCUCUGCCUCCUGGGCAGCGGGGCCCAGGAUUUUGGGCCGACGCGCUUCAUCUGCACCUCGGUGCCCGUGGACGCCGACAUGUGCACCGCGUCCGUGGCCCCCGGCGGCGCGGAGGAGCUCCGAAGCAACGUGCUGCAGCUCCGCGAGACCGUGCUGCAGCAGAAGGAAACCAUCCUGAGCCAGAAGGAGACCAUCCGCGAGCUGACCACCAAGCUGGGCCGCUGUGAGAGCCAGAGCACGCUGGACACCGGCGCGGGCGAGGCCAGGGCGGGAGGCGGCCGCAAGCAGCCCGGCUCGGGCAAGAACACGAUGGGCGACCUGUCCCGGACACCGGCCUCCGAGACGCUCAGCCAACUCGGGCAAACUUUGCAAUCGCUCAAAACCCGCCUGGAGAACCUCGAGCAGUACAGCCGCCUCAAUUCCUCCAGCCAGACCAACAGCCUCAAGGAUCUGCUGCAGAGCAAGAUCGAUGACCUGGAGAGGCAGGUGCUAUCUCGGGUUAACACUCUGGAGGAGGGCAAAGGAGGCCCCAAGAACGAUACCGAGGAGCGGGUCAGGAUCGAGAGCGCCCUGACCUCCCUGCACCAGCGCAUCAGCGAGCUGGAGAAAGGUCAGAAAGACAACCGCCCCGGAGACAAGUUCCAGCUCACAUUCCCACUGCGGACCAACUACAUGUACGCCAAGGUGAAGAAGAGCCUGCCAGAGAUGUACGCCUUCACCGUGUGCAUGUGGCUCAAGUCCAGUGCGGCGCCAGGGGUGGGCACGCCCUUCUCCUAUGCUGUGCCUGGACAGGCCAAUGAGCUGGUCCUCAUCGAGUGGGGCAACAACCCCAUGGAGAUCCUCAUCAACGACAAGGUAGCCAAGCUGCCCUUUGUGAUCAAUGAUGGCAAGUGGCACCACAUCUGUAUCACCUGGACCACGCGGGAUGGCGUCUGGGAGGCCUACCAGGACGGCACCCAGGGCGGCAGCGGGGAGAACUUGGCACCCUAUCACCCCAUCAAACCCCAGGGUGUGCUGGUGCUGGGCCAGGAGCAGGACACUCUGGGUGGCGGGUUUGAUGCCACUCAAGCAUUUGUGGGUGAGCUGGCCCAUUUCAACAUCUGGGACCGCAAGCUGACCCCAGGAGAGGUGUACAACCUGGCCACCUGCAGCUCCAAGGCCCUCUCUGGCAACGUCAUCGCCUGGGCCGAGUCCCACAUCGAGAUCUACGGCGGUGCCACCAAGUGGACAUUCGAGGCCUGUCGUCAGAUCAACUGAUGGCUUCAGGCCAGGGCUGAGCCCCCCAUGCCCGCCUCCCCUGCUUGUGCGGUGAUGACCUGUCUGUCUCUUCCUCUCUCCCUUCCCCCAGGAAUGAGCCGAGGCCGUCGCCCCUGCACACGCACACGCACACGCACACAGCCUGGUUUUGUCCUCCUCGUGCACGUGAAGCAGCCCCGGCUCCCAUCUGUCCCUGAGGACGUCCCACUCUCUCUAGGAGCCCCGGACUGUCUCUCAGGCGUGCCCCAUUCACAGCUAAAGAGCUAAAGCAGGCGGCAGCGGCAUGUUGAACAAUGCAGAAGUAGGUGAGAG